CAGAAGCUUUACUUGAACCAUACAGCUAGCUUUUCCUCAUGGCAGGAACUCUUCUUCUCCUUUUCAUAAGUCUUUCUAUUACCACUAACCUUUUCAAUAAUGCUCUGGCCGCCAACCCCGAAGGUAAUCUAGGUGUCUCAAAAUGCCCCCGCCUCGAGUGCCGUGAGUCAGAAAAGGCCACCUUCUUGAUCGUCUUCGGCGACUCACUCUUCGAUGUAGGAUUUGGCAUUGAUGAACUCUGUCUUCCAUCUAACAAUAAACCAUACGGGCAAAAAUUGAAGUCUCAAACUGGAAGAUUCUCGGAUGGUCGUACAAUACCUGAUUUUAUUGCCGAAUAUGUCCUCGGAGCUGAAGACAGAGUUACACCCUAUACUUGUAAAUUGAACGAGAACAAUGACAAAUUUCCUGGGAAAAGUUUGAGUUUUGCGCAAGCCGGGGCAGGGGUUCUUGAAAGUAGUAGUAAAGGAACGGGAAGAACACUAGGGGACCAAGUAAAACUGUUUCUCGAACUAGAUGACAAGAUUGCAUUGUUUGAUGAAGCUUCAAAAAAGAAAGAAGAUACACUCUACUUAAUUUCAAUAGGCGCAUUCGACUAUCUGCAAGAAAUUAGAAACAAAGAUUCAACAUCAAUUGAUCCUGCCAAAGUUGUGGAAAAAAUAGUGGAGGCAGUUACAACUAUAAUGAAUGAUAAGGGGGGAAGAAGAUUUGCAGUUAUGAGCAUUGGACCUUUACGUCACUAUCCGAUUGUACGACAACUAGGUCUCAACGAGAAGAGAGUCGGUGAACUUAACCGUUUAGUAGACGAACACAACAAAGAACUUAAAGCCAAAUUGGGGGAGACUUUAAAAGAUUCCAAAUACAGCUAUUCAAUAUUGGAAUACCACAAAAUAAUUGAGAAAAUGGUGGAGACACCAGGCUUAUAUGGCUUGAACGCACAUACAAUUCAAUCUGCAUGUUGUGGUUGGGGGCCCUUAAAAGCGGAAGGCUGUGGCAGCUUGGAUGAAAACGGUUGCGGGCAAGAUUCUAUUGAGGAGUAUGUGUUUUUUGAUGGAAUGCACCACACAGAGCAUAUCAAUCAUCUUCUGGCAAGAUUUUUCUGGAGCAACAAUGAAUUCGCAUCACCUAAGAACUUGAAGAGUAUAGCUGGCUUGGAGAAAAAAGAAUUCGAUUUGCCUGGUUUCUAGAGAUUUUGUGGUUUAUGGGAUCUUGAACUUCAGGGUAAUUCAAGAUGAACUUUUCUGAAAUAAUUAAAUGCUUUACGUUGAUUUUGUUUCCAAAAUAAAAUACCAUCUCCUCGGCUUUGAUGGUAUAAUUGUAUGUCUAGCUCAUGUUAUGUGUAACUCUAAUGGAAAUAGCAUUCCCUCAUUCUUAAGUACUGGAUAUUUGUGUUGUACUGCACUUCUCUAUCUUCUUUUAACCAUCCAAGUAUAAUUUCAGAAC